UACGCCACUGACGCAGCGCGCCCAAGAUGGCGGCGUGGUUGUCGUCGGGGGUGGUGGCAGCAAAGGGGGUGGCAACGGUGGUAGCAGCGAGGGCGGCAGCCUUAACGGUGGUGGUGGCAGCGCGGAACCUGGGACAGGGGGAAUGAGGCAACUGCGGCGGAUUAGUGGCGCAGCCGUCUAGCGGAGAAGCGGAUCACUCUCCCUGCUUCUCUUUACUGAGCCGGGAGCGCGCGUGCGCGCGUGCACGGCCGUCCGGAGCGGGCUCCUCACCCUCUACUCCCGCGACCCGCACCGCACUCCCACCCAGGCUCGGAGGAUGAUGAAGCUCAAGUCGAACCAGACCCGCACCUAUGACGGCGACGGCUACAAGAAGCGGGCCGCAUGCCUGUGUUUCCGCAGCGAGAGCGAAGAAGAGGUGCUACUCGUGAGCAGUAGUCGCCAUCCAGACCGAUGGAUUGUCCCAGGAGGAGGCAUGGAGCCUGAAGAGGAGCCGAGCGUGGCAGCAGUUCGUGAAGUCUGUGAGGAGGCUGGAGUAAAAGGGACAUUGGGAAGAUUAGUUGGAAUUUUUGAGAACCAGGAGAGGAAGCACAGAACGUAUGUCUACGUGCUCAUUGUCACAGAGGUGCUGGAAGACUGGGAAGACUCGGUUAACAUCGGAAGGAAGAGGGAGUGGUUUAAGAUAGAAGAUGCCAUCAAAAUGCUGCAGUACCACAAACCCGUGCAAGCGUCGUAUUUUGAGACAUUGAGGCAAGGCUACUCCGCCAACAACGGCACCCCAGUCGUGGCCACCACCUACUCGGUUUCUUCUGCUCACAGCUCCACGUCGGACAUCAGAUGACUGAAGACCUGGAAGAGGAUGGAAAUUGGAAACUAGACUGAAGUGCAGACCUGACCUCCCCUCUCACCCUUGCUCUUCUCACCCCUCCUCACGGGCCUCCUCUCUCAAAUAAGGCAUGAUGGCAGCAGAGAAAGUGUUCAUUGAAAGUGUUGCUGUUUGGUGUUAAAUGAUGGGGCUUUUCUUCUCUUUUAUUGAGGGGUUGUAAUUUGUAAGUACUCUCGUGCAUGAUCUGUCCCCGCCUGGGCACACUCCUACGUUCUCUACACAGAGGCAAACAGCCUCCCUCUACCUUGGAUUCUGAAGUUUUCCUGUCUGUUUCGUUCUAGCCCUGGCCAGGCUUUUUUCUUUUAUUUUUAUUUUUUUUUAAUUAAAAGAUACCAAUAUGAGAUGAAACCUUUUAAGAAUUUGUUCUAUAAUGUGCUAUUCAGUCCAGUAGGUUGGUUCCUUUCACUGCAGGAUACACUUGGGUACAUUUAUCUACACAUUAUAUACUGGGUAUAUAAUAUGUAAAUAAAUGACUUUUAGAAGAGGAAUUGAACUGUUUAAAUGUUUCAGGGGUUUGUUUGGUUUCUUAAAUUCAAGGUGUUUCUGAAACGGAGAGCCUCCCAGUUCACGCUUUCCUUCUGACGCUCGUGGCUCGCCCAGCCCCCGUCCUUGCUCCUUCCCAGUCGGACUGCAGUCGCGUGGGAGAGGGCGCCACUGUCACGGCGUCCAGGACUCGUGGCCUCUCCUCUCGCAGCUGUGUUUCCAUGCCAAGAAGGAUCCAGGAAGAAACCUAUUUUCUUUUUUAUUACCAAGCCAGGAGCAAAUGGCUUCAGCCCAGAUCCGGAAAAACAAUGAUAGAAAUUGAAUUCUUCCCUACAUGUCCACAGUAGGGAUUGGAACUGGGUUCGGGAGUUACUUUAAAACAACCAGAGCAUGGAGCACUGUCCCCGUCCUGCUGGUUUGGCAUUUUUCCCAUGACGCUCCUUACCACCGACAGAGGCUCUCUCCUUGUGCGUGCACGCCUCACGGCUUGCCCAACUGACACUGGCCUUGUGUGCGGGAGUGGCCACCUGCCCUCGGCAAUGCAGCUUUGCAGUCCUGUCCCCAUCGUGGGUAACCGUGUUAAGUUCCUGGAAAGUACACGGGAGGAAAAUCCAAGUGUUCGCCUGUCUCUGUAAUGUUGCAGCACCUGUAAGUGCGCCAGAGCAUGCUCAGAGAUACUGACUGUGCACCCCCUGGGGUGAGAAAGGCCUCCCUUCUCCAGAGAAGUGGUGCAGGGGGACACUUGUCUGUGCGCAGGGACAGCGCGGCGGUGCCUCGGCUCACUGUGGGCUGUCUCGCUGGGUGUUGGUGCGGGUCUCCUGCGGGCGUCAUUCGCCACGUGUGUUGUUUAGUUGGGAAGUAAGGGUCUUCGAGUUGCUGGGGUGGGGCACUGAUCAGUCCCUGGCUUGGGACAGGAGCUUGUCACUAUCUUCUUCGUGGCUUCUCCUUUGUCAAAACAGCCAAGAUGUGAAAUUAGAAUCGUAGUUCUCAUUAUUUAAAAAUUCUAAUGAAUACUCACACUUUGAAAAGCUUUUGCUCUUCCCUCCCACUGAUAGAGUGUGUAUAUCUGGUCGGUCUGUGUCAUUUAGUUUCCAGCAUUCUGGGGACCUCCGUCGGUGAGUGUAAAUUCUGCUCUGCUCUCAGCUGCAUCUUCUCUCCCAGUCUUCAACACAGAACCAGAGGCAGCGCCACCAGUUUCCUUAGGGCACCAUCCUGCCUCUGGGAGAGGAAUUCUGUCCCCCAGUCAGGGUCCCAUUGGAUAGAAACAGCACCAUGGGGUUUGAGUCUAAAUGCCAACUUGCUUCGCGUGUCCUACUUAAAAACACACGCACUGCUGCUGUUGUCUGAUUCGCAGCAUCUAAUGUUUGCUCAGAUACGUACAGGGGGAAAUAAAAUAAGACCAGCUGGGCACUGAGUGGAAUCCCAAAAGCACGUUCUCCCAAAUGCAUUCUCCCGCUUUGAUGCGGAUUGAAGGUGCUUCGCAGGGAAACAGUCAGUGCUCCGGGCGAGGAUGCAUCUUCUGCCCGUCUGCAGGUGUCUGCACUGGCUGGUGUGACAGCAUACGAGCCUGCCAAGUCCAGUUUGGACUGUUGUUGGUGUCUUUGGGUCAGGAAAGGGAACAGUGCCAAGAAGUAUUUUUCCCUAACAUGAAUGGGUCCUGUCAACUCAGUUAACUGGACAGGUUUUGCUGGUGCGUUCCUGACCGGCCGCAGGAGGCUCUGUCCGCCGGCACAGGCUUCUGUGGCACCGGGAUUCUGAGGAACGGGGUCCAUGUUCUCCCCUCCUGGCACCUUCAACACCAGCGCUGCCUUCACUGCUGUGUAGCCGCCGCCCUUCUGUGUUUCCAGCUAACUUUAUGUCUCCCCAGAGAAAGGAGAAACAGAAGAAAACACAAAAAUCACCCUACUUGCAAAGUAAUUUCAUUGACACCGAUUUGCCAUUAGCUUUACAAGGACUCGCCUUGUUCAGCUUGACAGAAACAGGUUUCCAUGUUCAGGGCAGGUAUCAAGUCUCUUUCUCACAGUGAAUUUGCAUCUUUUAGAUUCUGGCUAUUACUGGAGUAUCCAUCAGAGUCUACCAUCCUCGGGACAGAGAAAGACAGCAGUGGGUUUUUUUAGUUAAAAUGUGUUUUUAGUUUAUAAGUUGUAGCCACUGGGGAAACAUAAGUGAGGUCACGCCAUCUUUUUGGAACAGGACUUUCGGGGGGUGGGGGGCAGGGGAGGGGGGAGGGGGGAGGGUCAAGCACUGCCCUCAGGUUUGCAGCCUUCCCAAACAGUGCAGCCCAUGAAAGAGGAGUCUUGGUUUUUCUCAUAGCAAACGGAACAGAAUGGGCAUGUUAAGAAUUGACUGUGCUUUGUUUUGACAAGUGUUUGCUGCCCUGUCGGCCCUGCAUGGAGGCGGCUCCCUCACGGCUCAGUCUGAGCUGAGGCCAUCUGGAGGGAUCAAAGGGUGAAGGGUUGUCACCUCCUCUGAGGCUAUGGCUGGACUUCCGAUCCACCCUCUGCAUCGUGUGGCGCGGCGCCGUGGCAAGUGCAGCAGUUAGGGCCUCCUGGCAGCCUCUGGGGAGAGGGGUGACUGCCCUCUGAGAGUGUUUUGCAGCACUUUUGUAAGUGUGUUGCUGCAUCGUCAAGUUCCUUUGUGGCAAAAAAAUAUUUUCUGUUUUGAUGUUAGGAGUCAGCACAUGUGACUCCUCCUAGACUUGCUUAGAAGAAAAAAGUUUGCUUUUAGAAGAAAAAAGUUCUGCACAGGACUGUUUUCCUUGCUCUUCUCCUUUCUCUUUUCCACACACAGUGCUCAUGGAGGCUCCUGCGCCUCUUUAACCGGAGGAUUGCUCGGUCUUCUGUGGGACCCUGGUGUGCGUUUCACACACCGUGCUUUUCAUAGUUACCAUUUCCACUUAGUGCUGUAUUAACACCUUCGUUGGUGUCCCUGCCUGACUUUUUUAAAAAAACAGCCUGAGCCACAUUUUUUUUUUAGUUUACAGAAAGGACUUAAUAGUCACAAUGAUUUUUGCCGCAGCUGUAAUCUUUAAUAGUUCUGAAGUGUUCUGUAAGCCUGUGCUAGUUGAGAGUAAGUUUGAAUUAAAAGAAAUACCUGGAGAAGUUAUGAUAGUGGGGUGAAUUUUUGCUUGAAGAGAGUUGAGGGUUAGCUGUAAUUGACAAUAUAGCUUCAUCCUGGUCCCAUCUGCAUUUCAGAAAAUAACCCACAUUUUUACAAAAAGAGAGAGAGAGAGAUGUGCAGGACAGCUAAGUCGGCAGCUCCAGAGUGAGGAGAUUAUUCGGUAGUGAUUGAACAGUGCAAGUGCUUUUCUGGUUCUUACUCCUGAAGAUAAGAGGUCAGAUCCAAGGCUGUGCAGGCCACACGCCCCGUGGAGGCAGCAGGCAUGUCUUGGGAGCCCUGCCAGGGUGGGACCUCCCUCCAGGGCUGGGAGAGGCUGCUGCUGUGCAGCUCUCCUGCUGGUGGCCUUCCUCUCUGCACCGGGGCUUCCCCUCGCUCGGAGCAGGGGGAAGCAUCCUGGCAUCUGCCUUGCUGGAGAGCCAUGCGGCACGGACCUCUCAGCCUCAGGAAGAGCUGUGUUCUCCACACCCGUUAGAUGUCGCCUAGAACAGUGAGACGUUGGAGAUUGUCAGGUAGAUUUUAAAUUGGGGAACACUGGCUGCAGUCCAUGGAAGACGCUGCCGUUCGUGCAUCGGGCUGACUCAGGUCACUGCGGAUCCCGGGGACCGGGGAUUUCAGGGACACUUCCUUCCACUCCUGCUGCGUUCACGUUUUAACCGUGUUCUGGCAUUAGCUGACAGCCUUCCAGGGAUGUGAGAGGCCUAGUCAGGGCGUCUGGGAAAAUGAUACCUCUUACCUUUAGAUUAAUCAGAUAUCUCACUGACCUCCAAGUCCCCUUAAAUAUUAAUAAAAGAGAAGGAAAGAAUCCCAUUUGGUGUUGAUUUGGACAAGCUCCUGGAGCUGAGGCUAGUCCCAUGAUUUUGUGUAUCUCUGCAAUGUGAAGUUUUCUAAAUAAAAAGGAGUGUCUCUU